AUGUCUCAGCAGAAAUCUGUCUUCCAGCUACUCUGUGGAUUCAACAUCCUGUACGCAACUGACGGUCUGCAGGGUUCGAGUGUUUGCCCUGCAGAGACAAAGAACCUGGCGGAAUGCAAGGCCGCAGGCGCUGACACUACCGGCACACCAAAACCGGUGGAAAUUGAGGCGCUUCUCUCCGGAACCUCUCUCGAGAUUGUUUGGGAGAAACAAAAGGUAGAUGAAAACAUCAGCAGGACCUUAACGAUUCCCCAACAGUUUUUCCCGGAUGUUGACGAGGAAUUCGUGGUCGGCUGCCUGAACUCAGGUGCGAACACGGCUGCUUGCCAAGUCACACUCACACUUGCAGCAAAGGCAACCUUUGUCGAGGGGAAAAAAGUAUUCUGUGCCCACGGCGAAUCGAGCAACCCCACUGUCCAAUCCAUGACAGUCAGCGAGGUCGACAACAACUUCACCCUCGUGUGCGGAGACAAGGGACAAAUUGUGCAGACAGACUACGAGGAGUCCUACUGCUCCCCAAGUGAGGGAAAGGAGGCCGUCACAAAAUUUGGAGGCGACUAUAAAACAAUUCUGCCGUCAUACGAACAGGCGUGGUGGAGUGGUGACGACGGCAAGUCGUUCACACUGACGGUGCCGAAAGAGAAGGUCCCCAGGGGCGAGGCGACGUUCAUGAUUCAAUGCCAAAAGAAAUCCAAGAAAGCAGAGGCCAAGGAAAUCACAUCAGAAAACAGGAAGCUGAGUGCGUGCAGCGUGCAUGUCACGAUCCAGGGCACUGGACCGCCAAGCUCGUCGUUUGCUUCUCUCUCCGUAUACUCGGCUGGUCACCGGCUUGUGCUUUGGGUGAAUGGUCUACUGGCUACAGUACAGGAUCUUUCCAGUUUGGCAUAA